AAGCGAAGUUGAAGCGAUCACCAGUAUACCCGUGUCGCGCAUGGCUUUCGAGGCGACUGGCAAGAGCGCUUCGGCACCUAUCUUGACAAUAGCAGACGCAUUUCAAAAAGGAACAGCUCGUAGACAGCGAUCGCACUAGCUAGAGCUUCUAGUCUCUAGUCAUUCCUGAAUUUGCUUUUUUACAAAGCAACCAACUCAGUAGACUACAACGAGUCUCACCAACUUCAAGAGUACAAUGAACGCCAAGACCAUCGUCACCGCCGCUGCCGCCGCUUUCGUUGCAUCAGCCGCCGCCUCCAGCUCCUCCAGCUCCGACACCUGCUCGUCGUCGCAGCAAACGUCCGCAUACACAACGCUGGCGAGCCUACUGACUCUGGACUCGUUCCAAGGAUGCGUCGAUGACUCGGGCUAUAGUCUCCUAUAUUCGACUUCGCUGCCCACGGACGCCGAGUACGCUCUUAUGUGCGCGUCGACAAACUGCCAAUCUCUCAUCGAGUCUAUCAUUUCGCUGAGUCCGCCAGACUGCACCCUGACUGUGCCCACGAGCGGUCUGGAGGUGAAUGUGUAUGAGUUGGCCAACGGUUUCUCCAGCGUGUGCUCUUCCCUGUCGAGCGAUUCGUCCACCAGCACGACAUCGACGACGUCGACUGCCUCUAGCACCACGACGGCUACGGCGACUACAACGAUAACGUCAGCUGUAAGCUCGACGACCGCUUCGUCCACCAGUGACAUCAGCACCACUGCUGCGUCGAACUCGACGGAGACGGCAACGACGUCUACCACGACCAGCACUACCUCCGCGGUUACGGCUUGCUAAGUUUGCUAUCCAUGGUUGCUAGGUAAUUCCGAGUAUUGUUUACCUCCAGCUUUACCGGAUCAAUCUCUACAUUUGAAAUACUCAAAUUCACUGCAACUUGAAGUG